AUGAAUGUCGUCGAGCUGCGGAGAUACCUCGCCUUCACUCUUGGGUCCAUCGCGAUCAACCACGUGCUAGGGUUGCAGAUCGUCAUGGCUCUCUCCUCCGCCUUCUCAACGCUGCUGCUCUCCCUCGUCAUCACGUCAGGCAUGCGAGAGCUCCCGACGUCGCUCAAGGAGAAGGAGGAGGAGCAGCCGCAACAACUCAUGCAGGCGAAGGAGGCGGGCCAGCAAGUGCUGACAUCGCACAUGGCAUUGAAACUUGUCUUCAAGCUUCCGGCCCUGACGCUGGCGAGGAGGGAGAGAAGCUUCUUCUGCGAAUGGGCGGCGAGGGUGAGGGCGAGGAGUCUGACCUCGAGGGUCACCAAGGAGAAGGCAGAGAAGCGAAGGAAGGAGACGCUGAGCGAACUGCUGCAGGCCUGGCUCAGCGUGAGGAGAGAGAAUGAGCGGAAGAGACUGCUGGAAGCGCUCAACACUUCCUUCGAGGAGACGAGGCAAUUGCGAGAGCGAAUGAGGGAAAUGGAGCGAUCUCUGUGUGAAAGCAAGAUCAUGAGCCAGCAGCUGCAUCGACCCGCGACUUGCUCCUCCUCGUCUCAGACUUCUCAGACUUCACCCUCAUGCCUCGACGCUCACACACAAACCGUCAAGGGCGGAGACGAGAGACAACAACCAGACCAGCCGGUGCUGGGAAAUCCGCAGAUGUGGGUAGACCAGCCGGUGUCGGAAGAUCCGUCAAUCAGCGAGCGAGAGGAGGAGAAAGAGAAGCAGACGAGGGAGAGGGAGAAGCAGGAGGAGAAGCAGGAGGAGAAGCAGGAGGAGGAUGAAACGCAUCGACUUCGGCUGCGGCUGGAGGAGCUGCAGGCGCUGAUCAAGCAGAAGGAUGACGAACUGCAGAUGAGCAGCCGAGAAAUUGCAAUACUUGAGGACGCGUUAGCGGAAGUCAGCACAAGCGUCGACAAGACCUGCAGCAUAUUGAGGUAA